AAGUAGUUAAUCCUAUAAUCUGCAAUAAAAACAUAGUCUUGAGACGGAAGGACAAAGAAAAUUUUGGUUUUCAUUUGAUAAUGGUGAAGAAAUCAUGGGUUUGUACACUUGUCACUCAAGUUUCUCUAUGUUUAUCUCUUUACCUUGUUCUCAACUUGUGUCAAAAUCAGAAGCCAAUUUUAAGGAAUGGAAAUGAGAAUAUUCCUAUGGAUAUAUAUUUCAUCAGUGUUACAGGAGGUGUUAGGCCUUUUGAAGAACAGACCCUUCUUCUCAAGCAGGUGCAGAAGGUAGCAAAGAAGUUCAAUGCAAGAUUUGUUAUCAACGUAAGCGAACUUGGGGAAGAUGACCCACUCGUGCAAAAUGCUACUCGGCAUUUUCCUUCUACGAAGAUUCCAUGGUACUCUACGCGAGGUCUCAAAGGACGAGGGGUGAAACACUACCUUGAGCAAUUCAAGUUUGCUCAUGGAAGCUUAGAUAUUAUAGUUGUGGAUACAGGAUUAUAUGAGGAUGCUUCAAAUGGCGCUGGAGAUAGGCAAUCAGAAUGGCUGAUCGACACACUUAAAAAUAGUGAAAGCAAAUGGUGCAUUGCUGUCGGACUUCAUCCAUUGGUAGCCUGUGAAGACGAUGCUACUCAAACAGAGCUAAAACACGAAUUACAGUCUUUACAUGGCGUAUUUCUGAAGUACGGCGUAGAUGCAUAUAUAAGUGGACAGGCUUGUGAUGAAAAUGUUGAGAAAAGACUUAUUGCAAAAUCCAAAACUGGAACUGUCAGAUAUAGAGGACCUUUGCUUACUAAAGUGAAUCAGAACUUGCCCUACUCUAUGCAAAAUGUAAAUGGAUUCCUCCUUCACAAAGUCAGUGCUCUAGAGAUUGUAUCCUACUUAGUCACAUUGGAAGGUGAUGUUGCGCAGAAAAUUUUUCUCCAUCAAAGAGGCAAAGAGAUUAUGUAGAUAUACCGCAAACGUUGAUGUUUGUAUCUGUUAUUGUUGUGAGAAGGAAUGAAUAGAGAUCCAAUCAGUUAUUGGUGAUGAAUCCGACUUUUCCCCCCUUUUUCGGAGUAACGGAAGAAAGAGAAGGGACGGAAAAAAUGUAAAUUCAACAUUCGUGCUCAAGUUCGAAUUAACUGAAUAUUCACCAUUUUGUGUCCACAGUUGGGAGGUUCAAUAAAAGGCAAAAGUUUUGGUAUAGGGUGUGUUUUAGUUGGUCAGUUUGCUUUCACCCUUUUUGGUUUGCCUUUGUUGAAAUUAGCUUUUUUUUGCAAUUAUAUAUUGUCAAAUCUUUAAGGUGUUCUGCUGAUGUUCAUUUUGAAUGUAACUUGAUCCUUUCCUAUUUUC